AUGAAGUUUCUUCGUGCUGCUACAGUCGCAGCAAUGGCUGGUCUUUUACUCCUGGUGCCAGCCGCAUAUGGAAAAAUGUAUUAUCAAUGUGUGAGUGAGAAAACAUUCACCGUCUCUGCCAUUGAAAAAUACAAAAAAAAAGCUUCUAUCGACCAAGUGCGAAGUGACGACCCUGAAGUUAUCACGGGGCAGCAGUGUAAAGCAGCACGAUUCACCGAAAGAUUACAAAAUAAAGUAAAGAUGUCGUACUUAUUCCAAGUCGUUGGAAUGGAACCGUCGUACCGACUUUUUGAAUAUAAUGAAUCAACCUGGCAACCAUGUAUCCUCCGAAACGGUUAA